UUUCUCUUCAUCGCGCAGGCAGACGGAAUGCAUCUCCGGUCCGGGACGAUCUUGCCUACCGGCGGCAAGCAGGAUUCUUCGCACGAGCAGGCUGACCAGCUGCUGGCACAGCAGCUGAACACAUUUCAGCGUGUCGCUGAGUUGUGCAACACGGUCAUGGACCGCAUCGGCACUCGGGCCGGCGAACCACAGCUCCUACCUCCGGCCACGCUACCCACGUACACGGGUUACGACGACCCGAAAUCGGUGGCUGACUUCCUAGGGGAAAUGGACAGGUAUGUCAGAGUGACCGGUGCCUCGGAAGCGCACGUGAUGGCUCGAAUCCUGCCGUUGGCUUUACGGUAUGCCGCAGGACGGUGGUGGAGGCUACAAACGCCUUUCACCACUUGGGCAGAAUUUGAACAGCGCUUCCGAGAGGAAUUUCUGCCCCCUGGGUACGAGCUGCGAGUCCAGCGUGAGCUCGAACUAAGAACCCAGCAUCCGGACGAAAGUUUGCUCGAGUACGUCCGGACGAUGCAGGAACUGCAUCGCCGAGCAGCACAGACUGCCUCGGAAAGGGACCAAGUAGCUCGGGUCAUUCGACAGAGUCAUCCCAGAUUCAGGCCAUUUCUUUAUGGGCGCACAUUCGAAACCCUUGAGCACCUCGCACGGGAGGCCCGCGGUGUACAAGACGCCCUGUUAGCUGAGAGCACUUACGUGCCACCGCCAGCGCCGCAAUCUGCUCUUGAGCCGUCACUGGCUUGGCGCGCCCCCGUAGCCAGUCCCUCAUGCGACCUGACGAGCCCAGGCGCAUUCACGGCUAUCUCCUCCCGCGCCUUUGACCCCUUCGCACAUGAGCAAGGGCGGCGCGGGGUCCCUUUGAAUACCGUAUCAGGGACUCAGCAGCUGAUGGUCCAGAUAUGCCUCACCAGGGCUUGGCCACCCAGUCACCCACACCACUAA